AUGCUGAAUUGUUCCGUUCGUAUCGUCAACCUGGUGCUGCAGUUCCUCACGGCGGUGUCGGAGGUGGUGGCCCUGGUCUACCUGGUGAUGGUGCUGUACGCGCACUGUGUGCUGGCCGGCGAGUUCCGCAGCUCCGUGCUGAUGUACGUCUACUUUCUGCCGGGCAUCACCGCCGAGAGCGUGAUCUUCGUGCUGUGUCGUGUGUGCUGCUUCACCGUUGGACUCGAUCCGAUUGCGAUCGUCUUCAAUCUGGCCAGCGGCGUCCUGUGCACUUUCACCAGCCUAAUCCUGCUCCUGUCCAUGCUCGAUCACUGCGGCAACGAGUACCAGUACAAGUUCUUUAUAGCCGGUGGAUUCGGCCUUCUGGCCGGAAUUCUUCACUUGCUGAAUGGCGUCAUCUGCAACAUCUACCUGCCCGCCGAGGAAUGGAUCUACACGAAACCCUCGAAACGAGUCCGAAAAAGGCUUCAUGCAGACUGGUUGCGUUCCAUAAAGAAAUGAGAACAAGAAGCCAUGGGAAAAAAAGUCCUUAAAUGCAGCUUGAAAUUUGUGUAGAAAUUAGU